AUGUCUAAAUCAAAAUCAAAAUUCAAUAAGAAUAAAAAUGAUGAUCUAUCAGAUUCUGAUACAUCAUUAGAAAAAUAUUGUCCAGAUGACGAUUUUGUUUUAACAUCAUCAUCAACAUCAACAACAUCGAGAUCAUCUCCUGCUGUUGAACCAAGAAAAAUGUUUCUUAAAAAACCAACAAUAAAAAGAGAUGAAUUUAAAUUUGAUGAUGAUAUUAAAAUGGGAUUAACGGAUGAUAAUGAUCUUUUACACUCAGGAUUAAGAAGACCAUCUAAUCCAUUAGCAAAACUAGAUGGACAACUUAGUUUUGUUGCGGAUUCACCUGCAAGUACAAAUCCGGAUCAAAAUAGAAAAGAUGAAACACCAUUUUCAACGAUGAAAUUCGGUUCUGAUACACUUGAUGAAGAACAAGAAAAAGCAGCAUUUUUUCAAAGUUUAGAAAAAAAUAAAGCUGAUGAUAAUAUUGAUUAUGGUAGAUUAAAUCAUGAUAUUGAAUUUGAGUUAUCACCAACACGAAAUGGAACAGUCUUAAAUUCCUUUGAUAAACAAAUUAAUCAAAUGAGUACACCACUACAUCCUCAACCAGAUGAUAAUAUUAUGAAAGAAUCUCUAACAAAUGAACUUGAUCGUGAAAUAGAAAAUGAAAAACAAAAAAUAAAUAUGAAACAUGUUACGAUUAUUGAACCUCCAACUCGUCCAUCAGCUUCUGUAGAUGAUUUUACUCGAACAGCUAAAACAAUAUCAGAUUGUCUUACGACAACAACUGAUAGUACACAUGAAUUAAAUAUGUUACAUAAUGCUUAUAAGCAAAAUAUUAAUUCAGAACCAACAACUCGAACAACAAGACCUUCUCUUUUUGAUCCAAAAAAGAAAAUACAACAACAACAACAAAAACCUACAGUAAUCAAAACUGUUUCUAAACCAAAUAUUCAAACACUAGUAAAAAAAGGUUCACCUAAUACUGUUGCUCGUCCAAAAACUGCACCAGCACCAAAAGAAAAUUUAAAUAAAGAUUCAUCAUUAAUUGAACAAUUAAAACUUGAUAAAGAAUUAUUAAUACAAAAAAUCGAAUCCAUAGAAACACGUCAUCAAGAAGAAUCACGUACUAUUCGUCAAGAAAAUUUUGUUCUUCAAGCAAAAAUUUCUCAAUUAACAUCAACAAAUUCCGAUGGAAAAAAUGAAGUUCUUCCACCUAAACAACGUGAAGUUGCUGAAUUAGAAAAAUUGAUUGAUGGUUAUGAAGCUCAAAAUGAAAAACUCUGUAAACAAAUAAAACAAAAUGAACAACAACAUAAACAAAUUCAACAAUCAAUGUUUGAUGAAAAUGAAAAACUUCGUCAAGAAUUAAUCCAAGCAAAAAUGUUUAAUGAACAAUAUGAAAAUUCUCAUAUAGGAAAUAUAAAAAAACAUUCAUCAACAAUUGUUUUAACAAAUUUAGUUAGUCAAGAUCAUGAUAAAAGUGAUAAUGCAAAUGAUGAUCAACGAUUAAAAAAUGAAAUUAUUAUUUUAAAAAAUCAAUUAACUAAUGUAUUAAAUAAGGAUAAAAAAAUUAAUGAAGAUGAUUCUUUACGAUUAUUAGAUCAAAGACGUAUUAAAGAUUUAGAAAGACAAGUUAAAGAAUUAGAAUUAAUUAAUCGUCGUCGUCAACAAAAUUCCAUAACACAAGUCGGAAUGGUAUUAAAUCCUUCUGAUGCUAAAACUCAAUUGGAAUUAAAACUUAACAAAACUGAAGAAACAUUACGUGAACAUCAAUUAUCAGAAGAAAAACUUUUACAUGAAUUAAAUAUUCUUCAAGAAAAAUAUUCCUUAAUGAAACAAAUGUAUACGACUAAUGAUCAACAAAUAUUAAAUAAUGAUCAACUUGAUAAACAACUUCAUGAUAUAUUGAGUAAAAAUAAAAAUCUUACUGGACAAGUACAUUUAAGACGUGAAAAUGAACGUUUAAAAAAUGAAUUAGAAAAACUUAAAACUCAACAAAUACCAAAACCAGCUAAAUCUUUAAAACGUGAUUUAGAAACAAUUAAAUUAUUACGAACUGAUCUUGAACGAAAGAAUGAUGAAUUAGAAAAACUUCGAGCUUUAUAUGAUGCUGUUAAUGUUCAACAUAAAAGUCUUUUAGCUGAACGUGAACGAGAAAAAACUCGGUUAGCAAUUAUGGGAAAUAAACCAUAUCAACCCGAUCGAUUUACACAAGUUUUAUCACCCGUUGAAACAGUUCAUGCAGAAAAUGAACAACUUAAACAUCUGGUGGAAAAAUUAGAACAUGAUGCUCAACAACAACAUGCUGAAUUAAUGUAUUUGAGAGAUGAUCGACAAUCAGCUAUUACAUUAGCAUUACGGCAAAAAGAUGACGAAAUUUUACGUUUACGUCAACAACAUAAAUUAGAAUUACAAACAAUAAUCAAUGAAAUGUCUACAAAUACAACUGAAACUCGUGUUAGUGACCUUCUCCGAAAAAUUGAAUCACAAGAUGCAAUUAUUACUCAUUUUAAAAAAGUAACUGAACAUGCUGAUGAAAAUGCUCGAGAAUUAGCAAUAUUACGUGCUCAUGAUGAAGAAUGUAAAUCUACAAUUCAUCGACUUGAACAAGAAUUAUCCAGUGCUCGAACUUAUCAUACACCUGAAAUGAGACAUUUUCAAGAAUUACAAAAUAAAAUCAAUCAAUUAGAAGAACGUUGGCAUAAACGUGAGAAAAUAACGAAAGACUAUACAACUAGUUUAAUAAAACAACAUGAUUCGGAUACAAAUAAUGAUGUUAAUAAAUUACGUGCUAUUAUAAAACAAAAAAAUCAGGAAAUCGAACGAUUUCAAAUUGAACUUAAUUCUAUGUUAGAGUUAUUAAAAACACUUAAAUUUCAACAAUUAUUAUCUAAUCAUUAG